GAAAAGGGCGGAGACCUCAUACCGCCCACUUCACCGAGAACGACGACCUCUUGGACUCCGAGGACGACGACCCCGACCACGAGGAUGGCGAGACCGGAGUGCCAGAAGAGGUUGCCGUUGCUUACGCGACCUACCAGACCGCGAAGCAGAAGUACAAAGAACACCAGAAGAGCCGCGGGUUCAAUAGCUACCACGCGGAGAGCAAGGGCGAGACCGUCCACCCCGGCAAGGCCAAUGAGAAAAUCAAGCUGAUGAAGGCGAAGUCUUUCUGUUCUGGAUGCGGGCGGCAUGUUCCUCUUCUUCUUUCCAGGACCGUCCUCGGCAAGCUCGGCAUGGUCUUCGACAUAGAGAGAGGGCAAGCCGAUUUCAACAAGGUCGGGCUAAAAGGGUUCGACCUCCACGUUACCUUCUCAGGGCAUCCAGCCAUUCCCAUCCUACCGACCAAAAUGGACGGGGAUCCAGGCUCCUUUCAGGCCGAGGACUUGAAGCUUGUGCCCAAGAGUGAAUACAUUGCGUUUGCAGUUGCGCACAGUGCAGGGCAUGUUAAGAGCAGGGAGCUGUAUAACUUCUUCUAUGACAAGAAGCUAGAAGCCAACCGCAUGGGAGUGCUCGUCCACCACAGCUGGGGGGUGACGGAGAUCAAGGCGUGCAUCAUGGAGGCGAGGGAGGCCGCGAAGAACGCCGACCCCACGGAGAGGAUGAAGCGGAUCUCGCACAUGAACAUGCCGGAGGACUCGCUCAAUACCCCAGAUCAAGAACUCAUGAAGAUCGGGAAAUUCAAGGGGUAUGAGAUCCCGCAGAGCUACGGCGA